AUGCUUCAUGGCCUUGAGCGGACAAAUGUUCGUUUGAGGAUUCCUGCGAACAUUAAGAAACAUUAUGAAGCUCCCCAGAUUGUAAACAUCUUGAGUCACGGAAACUACCCUGUAAUAUCGCCAGUCAGCUUUCCUUCCAUUCUGCCAUGGUCACGGGCUGUCAUCUCUCCUCCGACCUUAACGAGGUUCUGGUAUCGACGAGCUUAUCAUGUUUUCAACGUCUUUAAGAGAGCAGUACGGUUGAAAGCGUCAUUUUUCGUUGAUGUUGACCCUUUUUCUUACAUAUCUGGCCAAGAUUCCAUUCAAUCCAAAAAUAACUCAAUUAAGUUACAGUCCUUAAUUCAAUAAUUAUUUAGCAACUUUUCAACGAUUUUCGGAUGUUUUUAAUGUAUAAAAUUUAGGGCGGGAGUAGCCUGCGUAGCCGUGAUCCCCCCAAAAAAAGUGGGGACGAGGCGUUUGAAUUUCUCGCUGCUUACGCCGCUCUUGGGGGCUUCGCCGCCAGAUCUGAACAUUCGACUACUACACAGUACCGCCAGCUACGCGGGCUAGGAAGGGAGAUGUUUAAAAUUUUGGGAAAAUGGGAAAAUAAAUUAUUGGAUUUGGGGUUGUUAAAAAUUAAAAUAUGAAGUGAAUAAUUUGUAGACAAUUACCAGAUAGUCCACCACCACAACAAUUAAAAGGUGCCUCUGAUCGCAUCAGCGGACUAACUGCACCGGUUUAUGUGUAUACCUUUUCAAACCUAAUUUAUUUUUUCUUCCCAAAUCAACAUCAUUUCCCCAAAAAACUAACUGUAAUGCCCCCUUAACUUCGCUAUUCUUGAAAUUGGAAAUCAAGUUCUUCUUUCCUACACCACGUUUGGUUGUUUAAUUUAUUUUAUUUUUCAGAAGAAGGCAAGGACACCACGGGGCAAAUAUAUUAACUCAGAAUCUAAAAUCACGCUCACCCCGGUAAAGAAAGCAGAUAACAACUAA